AUGGGAGCUUUGCAGAUUGCUGGAUUUUCCAUCCUUUUCUUUCUCCUCCACUCUGGAAGCACGCUGGCGAAUAAAGCCAGCCAAGAUGUUGAUGAGUGCGUGGAGGGCACCGACAACUGCCACAUCGAUGCCAUCUGCCAGAACACCCCCAAGUCCUACAAGUGCAUCUGCAAGUCCGGCUACACCGGGGAUGGGAAGCACUGCAAAGAUGUUGACGAGUGUGAGCGGGAGGACAACGCUGGCUGCGUGCACGAGUGCGUCAACAUCCCCGGCAACUACCGCUGCACCUGCUACGACGGCUUCCGCCUGGCGCACGACGGCCACAACUGCCUGGACCUGGACGAGUGCUCGGAGGGCAACGGCGGCUGCCAGCAGACCUGUGUCAACAUGAUGGGCAGCUACGAGUGCUUCUGCAGGGAGGGCUUCUUCCUCAGUGACAACCAGCACACCUGCAUCCAGCGCCCUGAAGAAGGCAUGAACUGCAUGAACAAGAACCAUGGCUGUGCCCACAUCUGCCGGGAGACCCCCAAAGGGGGCAUCGCCUGCGAGUGUCGCCCCGGCUUCGAGCUCACCAAGAACCAGCGGGACUGCAAACUGACCUGCAACUACGGCAACGGGGGCUGCCAGCACACCUGUGAUGACACCGACCAGGGCCCCAAGUGCGGCUGCCACGUCAAAUUCCUGCUGCACUCGGACGGGGUGACGUGCAUAGAGACGUGUGCUGUGAACAACGGGGGCUGUGACAGCAAGUGCCACGACGCGGCCACCGGCGUCCACUGCAGCUGCCCCAUGGGCUUCAUGCUCCAGCCUGACAGGAAGACCUGCAAAGACAUCGACGAGUGCCGGCUCAACAACGGCGGCUGUGACCACAUCUGCAGGAACACGGUGGGCAGCUUCGAGUGCAGCUGCAAGAAGGGCUACAAGCUGCUCAUAAACGAGAGGAACUGCCAAGACAUCGACGAGUGCUCCUUCGACCGCACCUGCGACCACCUGUGCAUCAACACCCCCGGCAGCUUCCAGUGCCUCUGCCACAAGGGCUACACGCUCUACGGGCUCACCCACUGCGGAGACAUCGAUGAGUGCAGCAUCAACAGAGGCGGCUGCAAAUUCGGCUGCAUCAACACUCCUGGCAGCUACCAGUGCACCUGUCCUGCUGGCUGCAAGCUGCACUGGAACAAGAAGGACUGUCUGGUGAAGUGCCUGCCAGGUUCGGUGCCACCACGGGCCACCCUCACCUGCAACAAGAUGGGCAAGAAGGACAGCUGUGCCCUUUCCUGCACCUCCAAGGCCCGAUUCCUGCCAGAGUCCGACAGCAGCUACACAGUGAGCUGUGGGACCCCCGUGCUGCGGCAGGGCCAGCACAGAGCCGCCAACAGCAGCCAGCAGUGCCUCGAGACUGUGGCUGCCCCCGUCAAGCAGAAAGCCUCCUUCAAGAUCAAGGAUGCCAAGUGCCACCUGCACCCGCGCAGCAAGGGCAAGCAGGAGGAGGCUGGGAGGGCAGGGACACAAGGUGGCUCGGCGCCGUGCUCUGACUGCCAGGUCACCUUCGUCAACCUCAAGUGCGACUCGUCCAAGAAGGGGAAGGGGCGCCGGGCUCGCAACUCCCCCAGCAAAGAGGUGACACGGAUCACGCUGGAGUUUGAGGCAGAGAUCAAGCCUGAGGAGAUCACAGCCAGCUGCAACCUGCACUGCCUGCGACAGCGAGUGGAGAAGAAGCUGAAGUCGGCCAUCAAAGCGCUGAAGAAAUCCAUCAACCAGGAGCGGUUCCUGCUGCGCUUCUCGGGGAUGGAGUACGAGGUGGCCCGGAAGCUGAGCGUGGCCCCGGAGCGGCAGGAGAGCUGCGGGCCGGGCCAGCAGCGCCUGGCCAGCAAGUGUGUCAGCUGCUCGCAGGGCACCUAUUACCACGGGCAGACGGAGCAGUGCGUGCCCUGCCCGCCCGGCACCUACCAGGAGAGGGAGGGGCAGCUCUCCUGUGACCUGUGUCCCCGCGGCGACACCUUCGGACCCAUCGGAGCCACCAACAUCACCGGCUGCACCGGUCAGUGUCCCCCCGGGCAGCACUCUGCCGAUGGCUUCAGGCCCUGCCAGCCGUGUCCCCGCGGCUCCUACCAGCCCGAGGCGGGCCGGGCGCUGUGCUUCCCCUGCGGCGGCGGGCUGACCACGCGCCACGAGGGAGCCCUGUCCUUCCAGGACUGCGACACCAAAGUGCAGUGCUCCCCUGGGCACUACUACAACACGAGCGUGCACCGCUGCAUCCGCUGCGCCGUGGGCACCUACCAGCCCGAUUUCCGGCAGAACUACUGCAUCUCCUGCCCCGGCAACACCACCACCGACUUCGACGGCUCCACCUCCGUGUCCCAGUGCAAAAACCGGCAGUGUGGAGGGGAGCUGGGGGAGUACACGGGCUACAUCGAGUCCCCCAACUACCCGGGGAAUUACCCCGCCAACAUCGAGUGCACCUGGAACAUCAACCCCCCGCCCAAGCGCAAGAUCCUCAUCGUGGUGCCCGAGAUCUUCCUCCCCUCCGAGGACGAGUGCGGCGACGUCUUGGUCAUGCGGAAAAACUCCUCCCCAUCCUCCAUCACCACCUACGAGACCUGCCAGACCUACGAGCGACCCAUCGCCUUCACCGCCCGCUCCCGCAAGCUCUGGAUCAACUUCAAAACCAGCGAAGCCAACAGCGCCCGGGGCUUCCAGAUCCCCUACGUCACCUACGAUGAGGAUUAUGAGCAGCUGGUGGAGGACAUCGUGCGGGAUGGAAGGCUCUACGCCUCUGAGAACCACCAGGAGAUCCUCAAGGACAAGAAGCUCAUCAAAGCUUUCUUCGACGUGCUGGCGCACCCCCAGAACUACUUCAAGUACACAGAGAAGCACAAGGAGAUGCUGCCCCGCUCCUUCAUCAAACUCCUGCGCUCCAAAGUCUCCAGCUUCCUCCGGCCUUACAAAUAG